AUGGCACCGCACACGCUUCAACUCGCAAGGCAAUCCAUAGUUUGCCUCAUCCAGGCCAAGAUGUUUGCCUUUACUGACUGCAGGGCUGUGUGUGGGGGAGACUGGGAGGGGCUGGGAGGUGGCCAGCGGGAGACCGUCAAGCGACAGCUGUCCGUGUCCUCCGACUCGAAGCUUCUGGACGAGGACAUCCAGGAAGAGACGAGGGUCAUCCUGAGGCCGAAGAAGCCACCCCGCCCCAAGUCUGAGGUCUUCCUUAACAACAAGGACCAGCAGCAGAGGCGGAGGACCAAGCGGUUUUCGGCCUUUGGGGGUGAUUCUCCAUUUGGUAAAUCAGAGGCCUAUAUUAAACUAGAGCAGCUGGGAGAAGGCUCAUAUGCCACCGUCUUCAAGGGCUACAGCAACCUCACUAACCAGGUGGUCGCCCUGAAGGAGAUCCGACUACAGGAAGAGGAAGGGGCACCAUUCACAGCUAUCAGGGAGGCCUCCCUCCUCAAAGAGCUCAAGCACUGUAACAUAGUCACACUUCACGAUAUCGUUCACACCCGUCAGUCAAACACUCACGUUCGUCUUCGAAUAUGUUCACACUGACCUCUCCCAGUAUAUGGAGCGACACCCAGGUGGUCUCGUCUACCACAACGUUCGCCUCCUUCUCUUCCAGCUCCUCAGGGGUCUGGCCUACUGCCAUAAGAGGAUGGUUCUUCACCGAGAUGUCAAACCACAGAACCUUCUCAUCUCAGAAAUGGGGGAACUCAAAUUAGCCGACUUCGGUCUCGCACGCGCGAAAUCAGUGCCAUCACACACGUACUCCCAUGAAGUCGUCACCCUGUGGUACAGGCCCCCUGACGUACUCCUUGGAUCGACACAUUACUCCACAUCGCUGGACAUGUGGGGCGUUGGCUGUAUCUUCCUUGAGAUGAUAACCGGUGUGCCAACGUUCCCCGGCGUCAGGGAGGUCUAUGACCAGCUUGAUAAGAUUUUCAAGAUCCUGGGUACACCCGUCGAAGAGACGUGGGAAGGAGUGACCCACCUGCCCGGUUACAAUCCCCAUAAACUUUGUUUCUACAGAGGACAGAAACUCGGCCUAGCUUUUCCCCGUCUGUAUGAUAUUGUUGAGGGAGAAAAUAUGGCAUCAGCCCUCUUGCAGUUGAAUCCUGACAAAAGGAUCGAUGCAGAGGAAGCAUUGAGGCACAAAUAUUUCAGUUCGUUACCUAAGAAACUUUAUGAGCUCCCAGAUGAAGCCUCUAUCUUCAGCGUAGAGGGAGUGCAUAUGUUACCUGAGACGCGAGCAGCUGGCCUCAAAACAUGA